AUGCGCGGUGGACUUAAACGGCGUCGCUUUGUUUUCGCCUUCAGUCGCUCGAGGGAUGUCGAGGGUGGAGGGUGUGUGUGACGUCAUCACUAACAGCUCAUCCAUGCAAGCGUCCGUGUGAACAGGUCGAUUGUGAAAUAACGAUUAAAUCAUGAUAAAUUUGUUGACAAGUGUAUCGUGAUGCUGAACGCUCAAUAUGAGCCCAAGCGCUCUGGAACAAGAAGAACAAGAAGAGCAAUAUCCAAUAGAGCAGACGAUCUGCGGCACUCUGCAGAAGGAGAACAACUGGAAAUGCUUCAUCCUGACCACCCUGAUACUCGGCUGUCUGGCGGCUGUCUCCUGGUGUCGAUUCACUCACGUCACAAAGGUAGUGAUCAACUUCUCUCUGUACCCGAUCCGGUCGGCGCGUCAGAUGUCGCCGUGCGAAGAGGGUUACAUCUACAUCCCGGUCGCGUUCAUGGCGAUGCUCUACCUGGUCUACCUGGUCGAGUGCUGGCAUUGCACCGCCAGGGUGCAGCUCGGAUAUCGUGAGGACGCCUCCACCGUUCUACACAAGGUGCAUCAGAUGCGCCAGGCCUUGCCCAUUGUCUGGUGGAAGGCAGUGUGUUACCACUACGUGAGGCGCAAGCGUCAGGUGACGAGAUACCGGAACGGCGACUCGUUCACAUCGACCCAGGUCUACUACGAGCGGGUCAACUCCCACGCGGCUGGCACCAGCUUCGUCUUCGCCUACUGUGGAGUCAAGGACAUCUCCAGGAAGUUGGUGCUGCACCACACCAAGGGACCCAUCACCAAGAUACGCUUCAGCAAAGGCUUUGCGUUCGCGAACGUGGCAGCAGCGGCCGAGUUCGAGGAGCAACGGUCGCGCUUCUUCGCCGACCAGGAGCGUCACGACGACUACAUGGAGAUGCGUGAAGGCCUCGACCUCACCGACGUCACGGGCUUCCGUGAACACGUGGUCGCCCUCACCGACCCCGACCGUCCGCCCUGGUAUGCGCGCGCACCUGUCUUCUGGCUCUGCUCAUUCCUGCUGCUGUCAUGGCCGCUCAGGAUACUGCUCGAGUACAACACUGCCUAUGUCCAUUAUCAGGUGACAAAACUGUUCGGAGUGAACUACGACGCGACAACCAGCGUCGCGACGACACCGUCACUAGCGCCGCAGGUCUGUCUGAGCCGCGGCGGUCAAAUGUCGCAUGGAACCAGUAUGGCAGACAGCACAGAGCUGGAAUGGUGCAUACGGGAGAACGUCACUCUGGUACCAAGCUACUCAGAGGCACUGCUGAUGGCCAAUGACGGUCAUUUGCCCCAAUGCCAUGUGCCCAAUGACGGCCAUUUGCCCCAAUGCCAUGUGCCCAAUGCCAUGUCGUCGUAUAGUGUGAGAACUGUGGCAGCUACCACUAACAACAACAACAUAACUAAUAGUGAACAGAUGGAGGAGUGCCCCGCCAGACGGUCCUGGGGCAGCAUCCUCAACUUCCAUGCUCAUCGGUCUUCCUGGUCUCGCGCUAGCGCUCAGUUCGAGACCACCUUGAUCAGGUCGUCAACACAAACGAGGCUUCCGCUCUACUACGCGAGCCCGCUGGUAGAGAUCUACCCAUCGGACCCGUUCCGCGGCCGCCCCUCCACCACCGCCGAGGAGCCCCCGCCCUACGACGAAGCACUCCGCUUCCCGGCGCUGACGCGGCUACGACGGUCGCUCACCGACCGCGCGUUUCAUGCGCCGCGACGCCGCAGCAGCGCCCCCACCAAUUGUGCCGCCCUAGUCUGCCAUCCAACCGUCAUCGCUCCUCACCAAGUGCCCACAGCGACCACCGCUCCUACGCCGCCCAGGCCACGGACGCUCAUCAACAUGGAGACUAGUUUAUAGCAUGACAACAACCAACUAAAUAAACUGUUGUUGGGGAGCGCUAUUGUUUUAAUUGUAGCUGAGACUUUUGAACAUCUUUAAUAAAGUUGUUUUCGUUAUCAGAACAUUAAUGAUGGAAACAAUUUUCUCGCUGUUUAAGAACGCUCAUCACCUCAAUCAACGCUAGUUUAUAACUUGAGAAUAAAGAACUAAAGAAACUGUUAAUUUUUUGUUGGAGAGAGAGCUAUUGUUUAAUUGUAGCUAAGACCAAGGGCCAUACGCACCAUUUACCUUUAACGCUAAACUAAGAUUACCUUAAAACAUGAUCGCGUUUAUUGUAAUGUCUUUCAUGCGAGGUUUGAAUCAGCAGCUAAUCUCCGUUUAAACUGAUAUGCCUGGUGUAUAAGACUUCAAGGGUUAUAAAGGUGGUUUCGAUAUCAGAAUAUUAAAGAUAAAAAUAAUUUUCUCGCUGUUUAUGAACGCUCAUCAUCUAAAUGGAGACUAGUUUAUGGCAUGAGAAGAAAGAAGAAAAGGAACU